AUGGAUCGCUUGCAGGUGUCUGUUAACAAGUGUCUUCGAAGAAUAUUGAGAAUUUUCUGGCCCAAUCAAAUUAACAACGAAGAACUGUGGAGAAGAACAUCACAAAAUCGAAUAGAUAUCGAAAUUAAGAAAAGAAAGUGGGGCUGGAUUGGGCACAUUUUGCGCAGACCCCACAGAGAUAUCUCUAGACAGGCACUUGAAUGGAAUCCACAGGGAAGACGUGCCAGGGGAAGACCAAGGAAUACCUGGAGAAGAACAGUAACCUCUGAAGCCCAAGAGGUCGGGAAAACAUGGGGAGAGAUCAAACAGACAGCUCAGAAUAGGAUCAGAUGGAAACAUCUCUUAGAAGAAGCCCUAUAUCCCACGAAGGGAUGA